GGGUGGGGGUCUCCACAGGCUUUGGGCAUCCUCAGACAGGUGGAGGAGGAGACGUCCUCAAGCAGGCGAACUGCACCGCGCUCGGACUUGAGGACUGGGCUGGGCUGCGGGACGAGCGGCGGCGCUCGCUGUGCGCGCUCGGUGCCACGGAUCCCCCUGCAGCCGAUGCCGAAUCCGAGAACAUGGUUUGGCUGAUUUCCCCCAUCCCGAUCCCCCCGCACACAUGCUUGAUGUUUUCGGCGUGCACGCGGGGAAGGCGAGGGAUGUAGCCGCAGCUGGAUAAAUGAGGAGAACACAUGGGCUUCAUCUUUUUCCCUGAGAUUCUUGCCGUGUAACCGGGCGUUUAUCGCGCUCCUCCGGUCAUGGAGAGCCAAGCAGUCGAGGCGCAGAACUACGAAGAUGUGCAGAAAAGCGGCUACCUCCGCAAGCACAAAUCGAUGCACCGGCGGUUCUUCGUGCUGAGGGCGGCCUCGGAGCACGGUCCCGCUCGGCUCGAGUACUACGAGAACGAGAAGAAAUUCCGCAGUAAAUCACCUGUGCCCAAGAAGGUCCUGAACCUGGAGACCUGCUUCAACAUCAACAAGCGGGCGGAUUCCAAGAACAAGCACAUGAUCGUGCUCUACACCCGCAGCGAGAGCUUUGCCAUCGCUGCGGACAGCGAGGAGGUCCAGAACGAGUGGUACCAAGCCAUGCUGGAUCUUCAGUGCAACUGUAAAACUCCUGAAGACUAUGGCAGCAGUGGAGAGUGUAGUUCUCCAUCUCCCAUCCCUACUUUUAAGGAGGUCUGGCAAGUCAAAGUUUGGCCUAAAGGUCUUGGGCAUGCCAGAAACUUGGUGGGCAUCUACCGGCUGUGCCUAACUGAGAAGACAGUCAAUUUUGUCAAACUCAAUUCUGAUGUGGCUGCUGUGGUGUUGCAGCUGAUGAAUGUUCGCAGAUGUGGCCAUUCAGAGAACUUCUUCUUCAUUGAGGUGGGGCGCUCAGCAAUUACAGGCCCCGGAGAGUUCUGGAUGCAAGUGGACGACUCUGUGGUGGCUCAAAACAUGCAUGAGACCCUCCUGGAGGCCAUGAAAGCCCUGAGUGAGGAAUUCCGUCAGCGCAGCAAGUCUCAGUCUGUGGGAACUUCAUGUGGCGGCGGUACUGCUUCAAAUCCCAUCAGUGUCCCGAGUCGGCGUCAUCACCCAAACCUACCACCAAGCCAGGUGGGCUUCUCUAGGCGAGCACGGACUGAGACCCCGGGAACAGGUGGUAGUAGCACGAGCACUUCACCCACGUCACGUCAUGGGUUUCCGAGGGCACGGACAGCCAGCAUCGGAGCCAGGUCGGAGGAAGGAGGAGCUAGUGCCAGAGGGACAUGGGCCAGUUCCAGCCCAAGUCUGAAUGGAUCCUGCUCAACUACUCCAACACUGAGGCCCAAACCCACAAGGGCCCCGACCCCUGCUAAGAUUACCCUAAGCCUUGCACGUUACACACCUAACCCUGCUCCCUCUCCCGCACCAAGCCUGUCCUCCAGUUCAGGUCAUGGGUCAGAGUGUGGCCUAGUUGGGUCUGUGGUGGGAGGCAUAUCGAUUUGCUCCUACGCUCGCGUUUCUCAAAGAGUUUCUGUUUCAGGUUCACCGAGCGACUACGGCUCCUCGGAUGAGUACGGUUCCAGUCCUGGGGAGCACUCUCUGCUCAUACCCAGUCUAUCUGGACAUCAUGCACACGGAGAGGGCUCCUCCAGCUAUAUAGUGAUGGGACAACGAGAAGGUCUGCUUGGUUCCCAUCAUCAUUCGAAAGGCAGACGGAUUCUGCGACGCUCAUCUAGUCGGGAGUCUGAGGCCGAGCGAAGGCUGCUGAGUAAAAGGGCUUCACUGCCUUUGGCAUCCCAUGAAAGACUAACCCCGCACAGAAAAGAUGAAGAUGAUGACGAUGAGGAGGAGUACGCCAUCAUGUCACAGAGUGCUAACAGAGAGAGGACGAAUCUGCACCAAGGCUCAGGGAAUCCAGGAGUUCAGGGCGGGCCGCUUGAUGAAGUAGGGAAGAACAGGAAGCGGGCUGACAAAAGCAGGGGACAUGGGGACAGAGGAGCAGCUUUGGACAGUGGCUACAUGUCAAUGUUACCUGGGGUGACAUCUCCUCCUGUUUCACUGUCUCUUUCAAGGGGUAUCUACGACACCAGUGCUAAACCUGAGGUAGACGACGAGUACAUGGCCAUGACCCCCAACAACAGUGUGUCCCCUCCUCAGCACAUCAGCCAGCCCUCUGCAGAGGGCUACAUGGUCAUGUCUCCAAACAGCAGCAGCUCCACAGACCUGCACGGACUGGGCAUGUGGGAGAGCAGGGCCGGCAUGGAGAGCCGGGCAGCCAGUGACUACAUGAACAUUUCCCCCGUAAGCAGCCGCUCUGCCUGCAGCACGCCACCUUCACACCCUGAGCAGCACCAGCUGCAACCAAAAAUGUUCAAUUCAUACUUCUCCCUGCCACGAGCCUAUCAGCACACCCUCUAUACUCGCUUUGAGGAGGACUUAAACAAAGGGGAAGAAAAGAAAGACAGCAGUGGGCAUGACAGUUCUGGAAGGGGAGGGAGAACAGCCUACAACAAGAGGAACAAAUCUGCAGCGGGCUCUGCAGGAGGUUGCCAGCUCUCCAUGUCUUCCUCAUCUUUCUCCUCCAGCUCUGCCAGCAGUGAAAGCCUUGAAGAUAAAUCCCUAUCUGCUGGCCGAGGGUUAAGUUUAUUAAGAACUGGGGGGGAAUACAAAAGUGCAGGAACAUCCACAAAGGAUGGACGUCACCACCAAAAACGUACAUCCAGUAGUAAAAGCCCAAAGCAACAGAGGAGGGGGCGUCCCUUGAGUGUAUCUUCAGACAUCGCUAAGGCAAACACUCUACCAAGGGUUAAGGAGAAUCUACCACCCCCGGGGUCUCAGAAUGUUGGGGACUAUGUAAGUAUUGUCUUUAAAGAAGAUGGUGCAUAUGAUAAAGGACGAAGUGGAGGGUCUCAUCAUGGACCGCCUGUAAUCCAUGGAACUCUGCGGCCCAUGAACCAGCCUCUCCUCUGUCAUGAUAACCCUGCUAACCUUCCCCGCAGCUUCUCUGCCCCCCUCUCCACCUCCGCCGAGUAUGUCAAUAUGGAUUUAGGGAAAUCCUCGACACCCCUGACCUAUGUCAGAUCCACAUUCAGCACCCUCCAGGGCCCACCAGCGGUUGUCCCCAAGGCCCGACAUGAACACAGCCCGUCCUCUCCUCUGGUAGCAGAGUGCAGCGCAGGGUACAGAACAAAAAUAAAGAUGGCAACAGUGCCGACGGAUGUUCCUGUCCCAUUUAUGGACAGCAAAGUUUCAGAUUCGAAGAACUCAGCGAGAGCUGCCAUCCGCUCUGGUCAAACGGUAUCUAGGGAGCAGGAGACAAGUUUGGGUGCCUCCCCAGUCAAGUCCUUCCAGUCGCCUGAUCGGAGCAGCAGACUGGUCCGAGGUGAUCAGCAGGGACACUUGAGCCACCGAUCCGAGAAAUUCAGCUCACCGCCAUCUUUGCCACCAUACCCAUCUUCUUCUACCUCCCUCUACCCUGAGGGCGCCCAGGCAGUGAGCCAUCGGAAAGGUUUGGACUGCUCACUGUGGGAGAGUGGACAGGCUUCUGGUUUGUCUGCCACGCCUCCACCCCAAGCCUCCACCUCAUCCACUGAACAAGGCCUUAACUACAUAGACCUUGACUUAGCCAUGAAGGAGAGCCCUCAGGCUGGAGCGGAGCGCACCUCUCCUGUCUACAACGUGGGAGGGUGCGCUUUAGGCACCAGUGCUGGCUCUGGCCUCAACACUUACGCCAGUAUUGAUUUUUACAAAUCAGAGGAACUACGAACGAACCAGAACAGUAGGAAGGAUGGUCAAGACUGUUGAUCUCCAUCUCCGUCUUUGAUGCGGCGGCUCGGCACUCGGCUCGCCACGUGUUGCCGCAACAGAACUGUACGCUGGAGUCAGAACGCUGAAACUAAGGAGAUCUCAUCCCCAUCCCGUCUGCUGUUUCCUGUCAACCAAAUGUGUGCCAAACACAGACACACUCACAAACACACGUACAACCGCACCACACAGCCAAAUUUGAAGGAAAAAGAUGUUGCCCUGCUUGAACUAAGGUGACACCUGACCUUUGUCUAACUUGGUACAGAGAAGGAAGAAGCUCACAGGCGUCCAUUCUGUUAAUUGUAGACUGAUCUUUUCUCACUAGCCUCAAAAACAUAGUUAUUCCAAAACUUUAGUUAUUGCAUUUUAAUGCAACGUUCAUUGUAUGUAAGGUUCAAUGAAAAAUGUAACUUUUAUACGUUUAAACUAAAACCCAUUUGCCUGUGAUUUCUAAUCGGUUUAAUUGAAAUUCUGUGCCCCCAAAGCUGAAAAGUAGAAGCCGGCGUGCUAAUUCGUGAGUCCACUGAACUUUACUGUGGUAUUACCCCCAUCUUCUCUGUACAUAUAGUUUAAAUGAUCAUCAGGUGUCCUUUAGGUUCGAGCAGAUAAUGAAAAUAACUGGUGGACACAAGUUAAACAUUCACACCAUCUCACUGUAAACAGUUUUAAAUUAACUACUGUAAAGUUGCCCAAAAAAAGCUUUUAUACUUGUUUACUACUGCUGUUGUGUUACUGAGGUCCUUCAAAUACCGGUAGAAAUAUACUUUUAAAUACAAACACUCAAUACAGGACCCUCCACAUUGAUUUGUACUCCUAAUAACAAUGUGUAAAAAGCCUUAAAAUAAAUAGUUAUUUUAUUGCAGUAGCAUAAUUUCACUUUUAAAAAUGUACUAUAGCAGCGAGCUUUGAAAAUGUUUUGUGAUUAGGUUUGAGGACUUAGAUAGUUAUGGAAGACUUCUGAUUUAUUUAUUUAUUUAUUUAUUUUGGUCUGGUGAACCAUUUCUCUGUUGAUUUGAGCCAUUUGCUCAUCAAUAUUCUGUGACGGGCUGUUUAAAGUUUACAGGAUCUGGUAUUUAGCUUAAUGGCGGCCCCUCAAGCCCACAUCACCACAGACCCUCCACCAUGCUCAACAGUGGGCAUGAGCUGGUUUUCAUCAUAUUUUCCCUUGUUUCACGUCACACCUACCUUUAGUGUCUGCUGACAAAUAUUUUUUGUCUCAUCUGAACUGAGCACACAGUUCUAAUUAAGGUCCUAGUAGCACUUAGCAAUUGGCACAUGUUGACAUGUAUGACUGUAAGAAAAAAAAAGGCUUUUUCUUUACUGGGAGAUGCCCAAAAGCCAGUUGGCCUCGGCCGGCUUUGUUUGUCCUGGUUUUAAUUGUUGCUCUCUCUGUGGACACAGAGAAAUUUAGAUCUGUAGCUAUUUUCUUGCAGUCAUUUCCAGAUUACUCUAAUGCCAUGUUCUCUUGUCUUUCCCAUUUUGACAAAUGGGAAAGAUGAAUGCGCCCCGAUGUCAUAUUAAAAGGUAAAGAAAAUAUAAAAAAUUAGGGGUAUGGCACCAAUAAUGCCAUUCAUUUUAUUCUUAAUGUGUUCUAAAAUAAAACAUUCUUUUAUUCUAAGGCUCUUUGCACAUCUUUAUACAAAUACCAGUUGAUGUGAAGGUUGCUGUAUUUACAACAAGCUACAGAUAGCGGAUUUGGCAGGGAAACGGCUACAUUUAGCUGAAAUCUACAUGUGGCAAAGCAUCCACUCUUUAGACGACGGGCAUGUGUUUUAGCGCAGAGCAGGCCGUCUAUUUGGCCGCCCAGAACCACCCCAACGCUGUGAUGAAAAUCAAAGUCAAGCAGCAUUGUCGUUGGCGAACGAAGCUCAUAUUAAUGAAGGCGUCCGUGCAGAGAUGUGCCGCCGAGUUCUGAAUGCGAAGCUAGCAAAAGCUGCUCAUAUCCCACUUUAGCCGUUGAAAGAUCUGCCGGAUAGAUGGAUGGAAGAGUAGGAGGAACACACGCAGCCGGUCUGCGGCGUCUACCCAGACAGAGAGCUGCAGAUAUAAUAACAGUAUAUCAGAUGAGGCUGACACAUGACUGUCAAAUCAAUUACAUGAUGCCUGAGUCACAUCGCCGAGCGCUUCGAGGGCCAACUGAGGAAAGACCACCAGAGGAAAAGAAAGAGAGUUAUACGUUGUUUUGUUUCCUGGGAAGUUACAAUCCUUUUGAACUUUUAAGUAACACAAGCUUAGUAGGAAAAUUAUAAAUGUUUUUCCUUUUUUUGGCAUCUCAGCUUUUCUAUUACAACUGUAUAAUACACUAUGGUAUAUACUAUAGUAAUAAGAGUAGAAUGACAGAAACUAUAGUACAUACUGUGGUUAGUUUUCCUCAUUUGCAAAACAGUUAACACGAUUUCAAUAUAAAGUGACACACUACAACGGUAUAUAAAAUAAACAGUAUACAUAUAAUGAAUAAUACUAUAUAGCUUAGAUAUCUAUAUACUCUUUUAUAAAGUGCCUCAUUUUUGAUUGUAGCUGUUUUUACACAGGUGAUCUUAAAAUGGGUUGUGAAAAUGUGGGUGGGGAAAAAAAAAACAUCAACUUUUCUCUUCAACGCUUAAAUUUGUGAAAGGAGGACAGACCAGAAACUUAACACUGCUGCCAUUCAACAGUAAUUAGAUUGCCUUAAAGUGUUUUAUUCAGAGACAUGAAACAAAAACAGUCUGUUUUGCUUUUUUUGUUUGCAGUGCCUAACACUGAAGCCACAAUGUAAGCACAUGCACCCCUCUCUAUUAUGGUUGGCUGUGUCAGGCUGUGGUUGGGCUGAAGAAAAAAAAAAAAAAAAACACAUGAAGGAAGAAAUCCUCUCCUCAUAUCUCGUUUUUUUUUUUUUCUUUUUUAGUAUUAAUUCCAAUUUACUUUAUAUUUCACUGUCAUCCACGCAACUAAAACAGCGAACAAAAUAUUGUGUACAUUGGUCAUAUACAGUGCCUUGCAAAAGUAUUUAUAACCUUUGAAUGCCACAAAUUCCAAACUGUAUUUCAUUACGAUUUUAUGUGAAAGACCAACAGAAAGCAGUGUACACGUGCAAAGUGGAAGAACGUUGAUACAUUUUCCAAAAUCUUUACAAUUAAAAACCAUGUUUUUUUUGUUUUUUUUUUAUCCAGACACCAAAGUUACACCUGCGAGUAUUUUAGGGUACAUCUACCAGCUUUGCACAUCUAAAGACUGAAAUGAUGUAUGAUUGCCACAGAUUCUCAAUUGGAUUUAUGCUGAAACCUUUUAGAUUAGUAAAUUAUUUUGAAAAACAUGUUUUCUCUACCCUUCAGAGUUAUAUUCUGUUGGUCUAUCACAUAAAAGCACUAAAGGAAUACAUUAAGGUUGUCGGUUGCUAAGGUGAAAACGUGGAAAUAUUCAAGGGAUAUGAAUACCUAGGCAAAACAUUGCAUUUUAUCUUUUCCUGUUUUCUACUGCAUAAAGAGAGUUUUCAUGGUCCUGCAUGUAAAUAAUGAACACAAUAAUGAUAUGAAAUAACGUUGUGUUUUCAAAGUACUCCCUAAACCCCCAAAAUCAGUUUAAAAAAAAAAAAAUGAAGCGUGUUUGUCGCUGAUAGCUCGUCUGCGUCAAAACUGUGAGAAAACUGUUUGCUUUUCAGCGGCCCGAUGAUGCGGACAUUGAUUCAGCUCCCGGAAGUUGUGAAUAGUUCUGUUUCGCUGGCACAUUGUCUUUUUCUUUCUCUGCACUCAACCACCCGCAAGGACUGUGGACCGAGUCUUAAUGCUCAUAACUUCCUCUUCUUCAAAUUCUGCUGCAGACAAGCAAAUUACCCAAAGGAAAAAAAAAAGGGCAAAUAAGAAGUCUAAAACUAAUUAAAGGAUCAGAGCAUUUCCGUUUGGUCCGAUUUACUCACAUAACCCAGAUACCAGUCAAGAUGUUCUUUUUGUUUUCUACUCAUGUUGUGUUUCUCUGAUGGUUGUAAUUUGACUUGGGUUUUAAACCAGAGCCACGCCUGGACACAUCUGGCCUGGUUGUGACGUUGCUGAAAAGUGCGGAACGUGUUGGUCGCACAUACUUUAUGAAAAAGAAAAUGUCCGCUGUAUUAUGUUAAAAGGGCAAUGCAAUGUGGAACCAGGGCUCUGGCUGAGUGCACACAGGGUAAAACAAAUGAAAGGCUUUUCUUGGUGAAGUUCAGACAUUUAGUAGCUUUUCCCACAUUUAGAUCAACUUACACGUGUUUUACAAUUUAAAGGACUCGACAUCAGCGUUGUCAAAUCAUUCCAAAGUUUACCUAAAUGAAUGCAUCAACUUUUUUAGGAUCUUAACGUUUUAUUGGUACUUAUUUAUUGGUGCCUGGCAUAGCAGUGGAUAGCAAAGAAAAAGUGAGAAUCACUAUGGCAACCAAGGUGUGCUGCAGGUAUAAAAAAUUUAGAGAUAGUGCAAAUUAGGCAUUCAAAGUAAAACUCACUGCUACUGUGCAGAAUAAAUGUCCGCCUUUAUUAAACCUAACCUAUUACACCUACUAUCUGGUUGAAAACUAUUAUUGUUAUCAUUUCAAAGUAAAAUCACGUUCAUUCUCUUCAACUUUCAACUUUAAAAGUCUCAAUGUUUUAUAGAUUUGCCUGUGGCAAAAAUUUGGAUCACAUUACUAAUGUAGCUAAAUUAAGCAUGGAAAAACGGAUCCUGUGGCCUUUUCUACAUAAUUCACAAUUCCUUAAAAAUAGUUUUCGCUUUCACGUAAAUACCAGAUAAAUACCACAUAAAUACAUAAAUUCACAUUUCUGAUUUUUCAUAGUUUAGUUAUGACAAACGUACACUUCAGAAUCCUCUUUACCAAAGAUAAUAUAUUUUGGACCUAAGACAGAGAUGGUGGCAGGCACUAUUAAGUUGUCCUCAGUUUUGAUUUCUAACGCGUCUCGGCACAGUCGGCGUACCCCUAAUAUUGACAAUCUUAACCAAAUCCAUACAACAGCUUCAGUUUUAAUAGUUUAUCUUUCUCACUGGUGUAUUUUUAAUCUGUUUUUGUUAUUCUUGCGGAGCCUCUAUUCUAAUUGGGGAUUAAGAGAGAUUCUCUGACUGUACUUUAUAAUCUCAAAUCAGAGUAGACGCAACAGUUGGUGCUACUGGAAAGCCCCUCGGCGGGUCUGACGUUGGCUUAGGAGGAAGCAAACACACGAGAGGAGUGCAGAACUUUAUAACCAAAACUACUGUAGCUUAAUUAAUAUCGGCUGCAUUUCUACCUUCAUUCCAGCUGAGUGACUCGGCUGAGGAUUCUCAUUGGUUGGAUGAUACGAGACGUCUGCUUCCUUAUAAUAUUUUACAGCCACACGGCGGGCAGACUGCUCCACAGACUCUAAAUGUGGGAAAUGAUACUGUAUGUACAAUCAGGAUGCCUGUUAUAAUUACAGUAGAAGAGCGUCAUAUGUAUUUUAAAUCAAAUGAUCCUACUUUGAUAAUAAUGUAAUUGUAAAAAAAAAAAAAAAAAAAAAAAAAACCUAACAAAAAAAAAACAAACAAACAGGAAUUCUUGGUAUGUGAAGUUUUAUGUGUAUAGAGAAGUUUGCUUCAAGGGAGGGGAGGGGAUGGGCGGCAUGGGGUUCAUUCUGUUCAUGGCGAAAAUUGUUUCAAACAGAAUAUUGAUGAUUUUUGUCUGUGAUGUAGACAACAUCAAUGUUUUUUUUUUCCUUUUGAUAAAAGACAAAGUGAUAUAAAAAAAAUGUCAAAGA